CGUCGCGAUCUCCGUCGUUCGCCUCAUCCACCCUCGCCUCGCCGCGCCGCGCCGCCUCUCUGCUUGCCCCCAGGGUGAGGGGCCUGGGCACCACUCUCACCAUGGGAGUGAAGCGACGGCGCACGGCCUCGCCUUCCAGCAGCGCCAGCGGGGGGGAUGCUGAAGAGGUCCCCCCCCCAACUGCUGCCGCCGCGGUGCCCCCCCGCAAGCGGCGCCGGCCACACACGCAAGCCGUGGAUCCUCUGGGCGUGUGCCAUGAGUUGUACAACACUCUGCGGGACACGCGGGAUGGACACGCGCGACUGCUGUGUGAAUUCUUCAUCCGCGUGCCCAAGCGCAGGAACCUCCCCGACUACUAUGACGUGGUGUCUCAGCCCAUGGACCUGCUGAAGAUUCAGCAGAAGUUGAAGACGGAGGAGUACAACAGUGUGGACCAACUUACCACCGACAUCCAGCUAAUGGUCAACAACACCAAGGCCUAUUACAAGGAGGGCACGGUGGAACACCGCGACGCGUGUCGCCUCUGGGAGCUCUACGUCUCCAAGCGCAACGAGCUCAUCCACCCGCCCUUGGACGUCGCCACCGCCACCAGUGCCGCUGCCGCUUCCGCCGCCGCUGUCGCAGCUGCGACGACUGCCAAAGAGGAGGAGGCGGAGGAGGAGGAAGAGGAAGUGGACGAGGCGGAGGAGGAGGAGGAGGAGGAGGAAGAGGAGGAAGCGGGGGAGGAAGAGGAAGAGGAGGAGGAAGAAGCGGAAGCGGAGGCCGAGACUGAGGCUAAGACGGAGGAUCCUGAGCAGGAGCAGGGUCAGGAGAGCGGAGCGGGCACCACGGAGGACGACGAGAUGCCUGGGAAGCCGCGUGUGCGGGGCCUGAAGGAGCACCUGGAACAGCUGUUUGAGACAGUGGCGACGUACAGCGACCCAUCUGGACGCCUCAUCAGCGAGCUCUUUCAGAAGCUUCCGUCACGCACGCACUACCCCGACUACUAUGACGUCAUCAAGGAUCCCAUCGACCUGAAGACGAUCGCUCAGAGGAUCCAGCAGACCGGCUUCUACAAGAGCAUAACGGAGAUGGCUCGCGACGUGGAGACUCUGGUGAAGAACGCACGCAACUACAACGAGCCGGGAUCUCAGGUCUUCAAGGAUGCGCACACGAUCAAGAAGAUCUUCAACCAGAAGAAGACGGAACUGGAGCACUCGCUGGAGCCCGUGAAGACCAGCCUCAGGAUAAGGAACCGGCGCUCGGCGCAGGGCGACCGCCUGUCGGCCAUCACCAUGACGCUGCAGUACGGCUCCGAGAGCGAAGACGAGGAGCAGCAGCAACCGCCAAACGAGAGUCUCAACGCCACCGUCCGACGGUCGAGACUACCGGCGGACUGGCAGCCAAAGGAAGGAACGCGCCCCAGAGGACGUCCGCCGCGGAGACGGAGCGAUGAGAUCAGCUCGUGCGCAGGCGACGACAGCAUGCAGUACGAGGACGCGCCGAACUCUGACGAGGAUGACGAUGCCGACGGCGGCGGCAGCAGCGUCGGCGGCGCCGCCGGGGGGGGCACGACCGCCGUGAGUCCCGGCGGGAGCUCCGAGUCCGGCGGGAGCCUCCUGCAGCGGCUGCUCGACUCGGUGCAGAACGCGCGCGGCGCCCAGGGUCAGCUGCUCGCCGACCCCUUCCUGCGGCUGCCCUCCCGCAAGGAGUACCCCGAGUACUACGUGCUCAUCAAGCAGCCCAUCGCGCUGCUGCACAUCAGGAGCAAGCUGCGCGCAGGCGAGUACACGAGCGUCGACCAGCUGGAGUCCGAUCUCACGCUCAUGUUCGAAAACGCCAAGCGCUUCAACAUGCCGACGUCCUCCAUCUACAAGCGCGCAGUCAAGCUCCAGCACCUGCUGCAGAUUAAGAAGCGCUUGCUGCUGCGCUCUGCGGACAUUUCACGGGACUUGGGCGACGACCCAGAGAGCAGCACGGCCUCCACGCCCGACACCGCCAGCGGCAAGCGCAAGAGGAUAAUCAGCCGCAUCCUGCUCACGGGCUCCUCGGGCAAGAAAGUGUACAAGACGCACAAGCGGCGAGACGCCGACUCGGCGCUGAAGCGUCGGCUGCGGGCCCUGUACGCGGCCGCGGUGGAGGCGCGCGACCCCGCGUCGGGGCGCCGCCUCGUCGACCUGUUCAUGGUGCGGCCGUCGCGCAAGGACUACCCCGACUACUACAAGAUCAUCCUGGAGCCCAUCGACAUGCGCAACAUCGAGCAGAACAUCCGCGCCGACAAGUACACCAGCCAGGAGGCGCUCAUGGACGACUUCCAGCUCAUGUUCCGCAACGCGCGGCACUACAACGAGGAGGGGUCACAGGUGUACAACGACGCCGUGACGCUGGAGGGGCUGAUCCGCGAGAAGCUCAAGGAGAUGGGGCCCCUGACGGAGGAGGACGAGUCCCCCUCGCCCAAACUCAAGCUCGGCCGCAAGAGUGGGCUGUCUCCGAAGAAGAUCCGAAGCCUGACGCCACUGCAGCAGAAGCUGAGCGACCUGUACGAGGCUGUGCGCAGCCACACGGACCGCCGCGGGCGCAAGCUGUGCACCAUCUUCCUGCGGCUGCCGUCGCGCUCCGAGCUGCCCGACUACUACGUGACCAUCAAGAAGCCUGUGGACAUGGAGAAGAUGCGCGCCCACAUGGUGGCGGGCAAGUACCAGGACGUGGAGUCACUCGUGGAGGACUUCACCCUCAUGUUCAACAACGCGUGCACCUACAACGACCCGGACUCGCUCAUUUACAAGGACGCGCUGGUGCUGCACCGCGUGCUCCUCCGCGCCAGGCGCCAGCUGUGCGACAACGAAGACGACGAGAUGGACGCGAUAGCCGGGGGCGGCGGUGGUGGCGGCGCGCCCAAGGUGGGCCUGCUCGUGCGCGAGCUCAUUAACAACCUCUUCGUGUCGGUCCUGAGCCACCAGGACGAGGAGGGGCGCUGCUACAGCGACUCACUCGCCGACGUGGUGUCCUGCCCGCUGGCCGUCGAAGCCGGCGCCGAACUUCCCGCCACCGCCGCCACCACCACCCCCGUGGUGGUGGCGCCGGUGGCCGCCGAGACCCAGGACCACCGGCUGCUGACAUUCGAGACGAUCCGCAGAAACAUCGAGAGGGGGCGCUACCGUCGUUUGGACGUGUUCCAGGAGCACAUGUUCGAAGUGCUGGACAGAGCGCGCAAGAUGAACCGCACGGACUCGGAGAUCUACGAAGACGCCGUGGAGCUGCAGCAGUUCUUCAUCAAGAUCCGCGAUGAGCUGUGCAAGAACGGAGAGAUGCUGCUGUCGCCGGCACUCAGCUACACGGCCAAGCACCUUCAGCACGACCUGGAGAAGGAGCGCAAGGAGAAGGUCCCCGCCGAGGCAGCGGAAGAUCGCGUCAAGCGCGACGAGGACGGCAAGGACCCGUCCGACUUCAAGAAGAGCGAGGGGUCAGACACGCGGGCGGGAGGGCAACGAACGUACAGCCAGGACUGCAGCUUCGAGGAUAACAUGUACCGCGUGGGCGACUUUGUCUACGUGGAGCCGAGCUCCUCGGACCUCCAGCCCCACAUCGCCUGCAUUGAGAAGCUUUGGGUGGACGAUAAUACUGGAGAGAAGUGGCUGUAUGGCUGCUGGUUCUACCGGCCCACGGAGACCUUCCACUUGGCCACACGCAAGUUCCUCGAGAAGGAGGUCUUCAAGAGCGACUACUACAACACGGUGCCCGUCUCCAAAAUCUUGGGCAAGUGCGUCGUCAUGUUCGUCAAGGACUACUUUAAGUCGCGCCCGGACGGGUUGCGCGCGGAAGACGUGUACGUGUGCGAGUCGCGCUACUCCACCAAGGUGAAGGCCUUCAAGAAGAUCAAGCUGUGGUCCAUGCCGCCCAGCACGGCACGGCUCGUGGCGCGCGACGAGCCGCUGCCCGUGGUGCGCGUCGCCUCCGUGUUUGCGUCGCGAGAGCGCGACAGGGAGCAGCGCGAAAGGGAGCAACGCGAGAGGGAGCGCCCGCGCGACGGGAUGACGGCGGCGACGCUCGUGGGGCCCAUCACCGCAGGACUCGACGAGGCCAAGGUGGCCGCGGCAGCUGCGGCGGCGGCGGCCGCCGGGAUGAUGGAGGAGAGCAACGACGAUAUCAUCGACAAGGAGCGGGAGGACGUGCCGGUGGAGAUGCCCAACGGAGAGCCCGGCUGCCAGUACUUUGAGCAGCUGGGCAUGAGCGGCCGCUACCACAAGAUUGGGGACUUCGUGUACACGCGGGUUGAGGGUCGCGAGCGACCGCGCAUUGGCAGGGUGGAGAAGCUGUGGAGAGACAAAGACGGGCGGGUGUGGUUCUUCGGGCCGUUCUUCAUCCCUCCCGAGGACACGGAGCACGAACCGACCAAGAUGUUCUACAAGAAGGAGGUGUUCCUGAGCACCGUGGAGGAGACCUGCACCAUGGACACCGUCAUCGGCAAGUGCUGCGUCCUCGCCUUCAAGGACUACCUGGUGUGCCGCGCCACCGAGGUGGCGGAGCGCGACGUGUACGUGUGCGAGAGCCGCUACAACGAGGCCGAGCGCCACAUGAAGCGCUUCAAGGGCCUGCGGCGAUUCUCGCUGUCGGCCAAGGUCCUCGACGACGAGAUAUACUACUUCCGCAAGCCCAUCACGCCGGCCAAGGAGCCGUCGCCGCUGCUCGACCGCAAGAUCGCCGAGCUGGAGGCGCGCUUCGCGGAGCAGGACGGCGGCGUCGGUGGUGCCGGCUGCGCCGGCGGAGAGGAGGACGAUGAGGGCAUGGAGGAGGAGGGCGACCUGGCGGAUCACGCGGCGCUCUCGCAGCUCCACGCACCGCUAACGGGCGACCUCGACUCGUCCGCGUACCUCACCCCGCAGACGACUCCGAAGGCGGUGCGGGGCAAGGCGAAGGACGGCAAGCGUAAGACGAACCCGAGCGGCUACAUCCUGUUCAGCAGCGAGAUGCGCGCCGUGGUGAAGGCCAAGAACCCCGAGUACACCUUCGGCGAGCUGAGCCGCAUCGUCGGCACGGAGUGGCGCAACCUGGACGCCGUCAAGAAGGCCGAGUACGAGGACCGCGCGGCGAAGCAGGCGGAGCUGCAGGAGAGGGAGCGCGCAGCCCAGCAGCAGCAGGCGUCGGCGUCGCCGCGCGCUGGCACGCCCUCGGGGGGCGCCAUCAUGGGAGUCGUGCCGCCCCCGACGCCUAUGGGAGCGCUGCAGCAGCAGCUGCCCACCGCCGCUGGAUUCAUAGGGGGCUUCCCUCCCCCGCUGGUCAGCCUACAGGGCUCCAUAGAGGGGCUGGGGGCCCCUCCCCUCAUUGCUCCGCCAGCCCCCAUGCUGCCGUUUUACCCCCAGCCCAUCGCCAUCACUUCGGGUGGACGUGUCAUGGGGCAGCAAGUGGGGGCAGUGGGGGCAGGCCAGACACCAGGAGCUGGCUUCCAACAGUCUCAGCAGCCGCCCCCCCCGUACCCGGCGCCCCAGGUGGCGGUGGCGGCCGUGUCGUCACUGCCGCCGGCGCCCAUGUUCGUGGCGGCGCCGCCCCGGCCCCAGCGCCUGCUGCACUCGGAGGCGUACCUCCGCUACAUCGAGAACCUCAACAACGAGUGCCCCACCGUCAGCAAGUGGGAGCAGACGGUCACCGCGCGACGGGAGGAUGUCCCCCUGAGCCGUGAGCAGGAAGCACGCCUGCCCACACACUGGCUGCAGGGCAAGGGGGCGCACAACAGCCUGGCGCACGCGCUCUGGCGCCUGCGCGACAUCAUGCUGCGCGACGCCCUCAACAUCCGGCAGGCGCACUCGCUCGACUGCGACUAAUGCACACUAACGCUGCCCCCCCCCCUCCAAGUGCAUCCCCUCUGAUCGCCGUCCCACACUGCCACCACCGCUGUCACCGUCGCCGCCUCAUCUGUCCCCUCCAACACUUUCUCUCUCCAGCGCCACCACCACCACCGUCCUCGUCACCACUGCCAUUGUCGCUACCACUUCCGCCACCAUCACACCUCUCUCUUUCCACCCACCGCCACCUCUAUCUCUCACAAUAUCUAUCCUCUCUGACCCUAUCCCCCUCCGCUAAUACUACCACCACCACCGUGUUGGCUGCCACCUCCAUUGUCGCUGGUGCUUGCUGCCACCUCCCCUCUCCCACUACCAAAUCUCCCUCCACGACCACUACUCUUACCACCAUUCCACUGCUAGCACCACCACCACCGCCAUCCUCGUCGCCACCAUCAUUCUUGCUGCCACUACCGCUGCCACCACUGCACAGGAUCUGGCGAGAGGGACCAUCGGGCCGGCGGGUGCUCGGAUCUGUUCCGGGGUCGAUGUAGCUGGCGCUGUUGCCUGGACAUCGCUGCCAUCGUCAUCAUUCAGCCAUCCCCAUCAUUCUGGUUGUUCUGGUUGUUCAUGGCGCUGAGUUUGGCAGCGCCGGUGUAAGCCGAACGUCUUUGCUGACCGUGAGAUAUCGCCAUCUUUGACAACAUGGUGGCAGCACGACAACGACCACGUUGCAAGUCGCUUCUGCGCCCGGCGCAAAUGCAGCAGGAACGACAGGAGUAACGCUUGCACCGAUUGUUGACACAGGCGGCCGGACCUCAGUGCCACCUAUGUCUGGUUGCGGCGCCAGCGGCCCCGGUUCCAGCUGUUGUUGGCGUCGUUGAGGAUCAAGCAUGCGGUGUUUCUUGGCUCCAGGUCCUGUCUGUAUGGAGAGGUUGAACCACUUUGUAUCGUUUAUUGUGAGACUGAACAGGUUUAGGGUUCGUUGGAAAAUCAAUAGGGUCAGCGUUCGUGUGGAAAAUGAGACAUUGUAUCAACAGGGGGUUUAGACCGUGAAAAUGUUGACUUUGGAAGAACAAGGUUUCACUAUAAUUUAAAAAAAUAUCUGACUGUCACAAUAUUCUGCCAGUUCUUUCUCACUGCCAAGAAGAAAGGACCGCUUCCCCAAACGUGAGCUUGUUUUGUAUACUUUUUUUAUUUAAACUAUUCGGCAUGGUUGUUAAUGAAAAGAAGGGCGAGGUGAUAUUGCCCCUGGUGAACGCUCUUCUGCCAACACGGUCCCUUAAUGUCUAUUUUAUCUAGGGCUGCCUCGAUAUGGCAAUGCUACGACAUAGCGCAUGAUACAAGGUCCAUGGUAAUCCUACCGUCCUCAUUGAGAACAUCAAGGUGAUUGUGGCAGACAAUUUGAAGAAACGUUUCAGAGUAAAUAGCAAUUACAAAUCUAGGUAGUUCUUCACGGGACUGUUUCGGAGCGGCUGAUGGCGUGUUGCUUUGAUUUUGGGUCGUGGUUGAGCAUGCGCCCCCCCCCCCCCCCCCGCUUGUUUGCAGAGUUUCACGGUUCGAACGCAGAAGCCCGCCCUGGUUAUUGCAGCGGGUGCAUGAACCGUAAUAACACCCUGCGCGCUGUCUGCUUCACAGUGGACAUUGAAGACCUCGUGAUGUCGUUGGCAACAGGGGGCCGUUGUGUACUCGCAUCGUGGGUCCAAAUUUGCAAAAAUUACUGCACGUUACUCAAUUGAAAUACUAUAUUCAGUUUAGCAAUCAUUGCCCUCAACUUGGCAAAUGACCAUAAUACGUAACAUUUUAAAAGCGUGUGUGCAUUGUAAGCGUUUUAGGUUGUACACAAUUAUGGCUGGCUUGCGGUGAUGGAAAUGCUAUUUUUAUUUGUUCUGAAAGUGACAAAAUCACAAAAAACGAUACAUUAAUAAUACAGUUACAAAGUUAUUUAAAACCGAUAUCGUAAUAUUUGAUAUCGUAUCGUGAAAAUGUAUGUCGUGCGAAAACCUACGGUUGUAUUUUUUUUACUCGACGAGCCGUUCAGGCUGAGUUUUAAGAGUCCACCGCAGAGUUCAACCGCAAUGUGAUGGGGUGAAUAUGAAUCUCACCGGGGUCUUGCCAGUUCCCUUGCGUCAUCUAAAACUAGACUUUUUAUUUACCAGGUAAGCCCCACUAAGCUAUGUAACUCUUUUUCAGAAGCGACCUGGCUAUCACGAAUGAUAGCUCAACGACGUGGCUUGUGUGUAAAUUAAUCGCAGCCAAAUAUUCUAAAUUCAUGUUUAUAAAUGUGGAAGGAGAAACUGGAGGACCCGUAGAAGAAUCCACGCGACCACGGGGAAAUAAGACGUGAAAACUCCAAAUAUACAGGCGUCAGGGUCGAGAUCAAACCCACAAUCUCCUGUAUACCAGGCGAAGUUGUUAACAUCUUGCCACCACGGCGAGAUGGUAACUAGGUCAAAAAAGCCACCUAUCUCCGUCUCCGAUAGCAUUUCCUAUCCUCGGGCUAGAGGUGACGACACGACAGCCGUAGUUCUUCAUAUUCGGACAGGUGUUCCUGCCAGGCCGCACCGGGGGCAUAUUUGUAAGAAAAACAAACCAAUGAUAAUGUGGAAAAACAGAUAAAAAUCGAUCAACAUUUCCUACGGUCAAUUCAAACAUCAACACCCGUGUAUUUUUAGACAUUCCUUGCCAAAUGCACGCGUUGCGUGUUGGGUUGUGUGUGGUGUUGGGUGUGUAGUGUUGCAUGGCAUCAUUGAGUAAGACACAGAGACUGGCAUGGUGUGGUCGGGGGUAGCAGUCGCCAUGCCCGGUCAUCUUUGUCUCCCCAAAGAUGAUGUUUACACACUGCACCAUGGACCCAUUUAAGGCAGAGCCAGUCCGAGACUGGAUAGCACUUGCCACGGAUUGUGUGCAUUGGCCAUAUACAAAGUGGCACUGGGGAGACAACAGGUGGGCGGGCAUCGAUCUGUAUUAUGGGCAUGAUGGAUCUGUUGGCCACGUCGGGUUUGCCAGCUGUCUGCGUUUAACAGUCCCGAAAAUUGGCAUCCUUCGGGUGACAGAUUGAUUUGUACUCAGAUCUGUUGGUAUUGUGUUGAACGUUAUAACCGUGAACUGCACGGUUUUAGUACACGCUGGCUGACUGAUAAAUAUGUCCAGGUUGUGUCUGCAAGUUGGGAGGGGGGGGGUGGCAACCCUAUGGCCACACCACCGACUCGUGCUCCGUGUCAAUCGUAAUAGGUGCUCGCUAACAUCACUCGCCCCGACAGUGACUGUUCGGGAGAUUAAUCUUCGUAUUUGUGCGCGGUCCAGGUGUGCCUUGCGUACUUGCGUAUACAGGCGCAGGCAGUUGCGUGGGUCACAUGUGGUCAUCAUGCCUUCUGGGUGUGCGUGGUAAUUUGAAUGCUCCUACCCGUUCUCGCGGUAAAUGUUCCACUGCCGUACCGUGCCGGGAAAUUGUCGUUGUGUUCAUAUUUGAAGGGGACCGUACUCUGCCUGCGUGAGUGCGUGUGGUGCAUAACAAACGCAGAGUGGCGGGACAUUGAGUUAGCGCACUCCGCUCCGAACCGGGCGACACGAGUUCAAUUCCCGCUCGCCACCAAACUACAUUUGGCGAAUAUUUGAACCGACCCUCGGCCUCCCCGAGGUCGACUCAGCCUCAAAGUAGCCGGGGAGACAAAGACGACCGGGCGUGGUUGUUGACCCAACGCCCCCCUGCGUUGUACCACCCUUAAUAGAAUGCUCGCUAACAGCUCUUUCCCCAGCAGUAUUUGACGGCUAUACGGGGGAUAUUUAUCUUUGUGUGGUCCAUACACGUGUACCUGCUGAAUCGUCUCCUCGUAUGUGUGACCUCGUGUUUGGACCAAUACCUGCGGUUGUGUUUAAGGUAACGUGUGUGUGUGUGUUUAUUGUUAUUGUGUGUGUGUCAGCGUGUAUUAACCAUGAGCGUUUUUUUGUUUGCAUUUUAUGGGAAAAUUUGUAUACAAAAAUAAUACCACGAAGGACAUUGGUAAUGGAAAUAACACAAAAAAAUAAAUAUGUUCAUUGUUCAUCA